CCCGUCAGACGUGCACGAUCGGUUCGUGCGUACGUGUGUACGUGUGAGUGCUGCACACCAAACCGUGGUUUUCCCAGCGGCUCCAUCGACUGUGCGACUCGUGUUUACUGCGGAAGUUUUUUUUAAAUAACUCAAAUGUUCAAAUGAAAAAUCAAGCAGUGCGAGCAACCGGGACGAAUAAAACAAAUCAUUCAGUUCGUCGUACAAAGAAACUCGCCGAACGAUCGUGCUUUUGACAUCAUCUGGUAGUUGUGUAUGUAGUUGUGUAUGUGUGCUUGUUGCAACUAGGUAACAUUCCAUUUCACGCGUGUCCUUCAGGUUGUGACGAACGCGAGCAAAAGAAAGCAGUUCCGUCCUCAUCGUGAAGCAAACGAAGGAAGAAAGUGUAAUUCGGCCUAAAAAACGAAUGUAGUGAUACAGACCAACGGGCAGACAAAGUGGUGCAUAAUGUUCUCCAGUUGUUUAAUUGAGUUUGUGAAUGUUUGAUACAGAGUAAUCGUAUUGAUUUCUAGCCAUACGGCGUUAAUACAGCGACCAUACAUCAAAUCAGCUACAAAUCUAUAUGUGGUACAAUGGAAGACGAAAAGCAACGGCAGCUUUGGAUCAUUUUUCAAAUGUGAUCGACUGACUGGCAGAAUUGACGGGAUAAGGAUUAACAUCAAUAGUAGUCUCUCUCCUUCUCCCAUUACUGUAUUGUAAACUAUCAACGUCCACGGAGCGCGUCGGGAGAGCUCCAGUUCUAGUGACGGUGCCGUAAGCUAUGUUUCGAUGCACCGUUUCAAACGGCAAGCAGGAGCAGAAAUUAAGAACUCAAACUACGCGCCACUGGCGUAAAUAUCCCAACUCCUGAUCUGCAACACCAAUACAACGCCAUCGGGCUUUGCGUACCCUUCGGUACACUGUCAACGGUACUAACGGAUUUAGUAGUAGAGUGUCAGCUAAGCGUACUACACACAGCUCAAGUGCGACCUAGCGCGUAAUUCAAAAAUAAGUAAAUAUGGUAUUCAAUGUACUGAUAGCAUCGUCUGUGAUUAAAACGGCCACCGUCGUUGGUUCUAGUCUAUGGCUCAUCCCGUUUCUGCUGGGUGCCAUUUCCUACUAUCGCUACGAUCGCGUCGAUCCGGAAUCGCGCGUCAUCAACCAGGAAGCGCUACUGCCGGAGUAUGAUUUCAUCGUCGUUGGCGGCGGCUCGGCCGGUGCAGUCGUUGCAAACCGGCUGACAGAGAUCCACCGCUGGAAGGUACUGUUGCUGGAGGCGGGCCCAGACGAGAACGAGAUCUCGGACGUGCCGUCGCUGGCAGCGUACUUGCAGCUGAGCAAGCUCGACUGGGCGUACAAGACGGAGCCAACGAACAAGGCAUGCCUGGGCAUGGUGAAUAAUCGGUGUAACUGGCCGCGCGGCAAGGUGCUGGGUGGAUCGUCCGUGCUCAACUACAUGAUCUACGUGCGCGGCAACCGAAAUGACUUUAACCAUUGGGAAUCCUUGGGUAAUCCCGGCUGGGCGUAUGACGAUGUGCUACAGUUCUUUGUAAAAUCCGAAGACAACCGUAAUCCAUACCUCGCUCGCAAUCCAUACCAUGGACAAGGGGGACUGCUCACCGUGCAGGAAGCUCCCUGGCAUACACCACUCGUUGCGGCGUUCGUGGAAGCUGGCACCGAAAUUGGGUACGAAAAUCGGGACAUCAAUGGUGAGCGACAAACCGGCUUCAUGAUAGCGCAGGGCACCAUCCGAAGGGGAAGCCGCUGCUCUACGGCUAAAGCCUUUCUGCGCCCGAUACGGCUUCGCAAGAACCUGCACAUUGCGAUGAACUCACACGUUAGCAAGCUGGUCAUCGAUCCGGAAACGAAGCAUGCGGUCGGCGUUGAAUUCUUUCGGGGCGGUAAGCGACACUACGUGCGUGCCCGGAAGGAAAUUAUCAUGUCGGCCGGCUCGAUCAACACACCGCAGAUAUUGAUGCUGUCGGGUAUUGGACCGCGGGCCCAUCUCGAGGAUGUGGGCAUUACGACUAUUCAGGAUUUGCCGGUUGGCGAAAAUCUGCAGGAUCACGUCGGGAUGGGUGGCUUAACGUUUCUGGUGGACAAACCCGUAGCGAUUCUACAGAACCGUCUCGAGGCGGGCUCGGUGACAAUGAACUAUGUGAUUAACGAACGCGGCCCGAUGACCAUACUGGGUGGGCUGGAGGGCAUCGCAUUCGUUAACACGCCCUUCGCAAAUAUCACUGAUGACUGGCCGGACAUUCAGUUCCACAUGGCGCCGGCCUCACUCAACUCCGACGGUGGUGCUCGUGUCAAGAAGGUGCUUGGCCUCCGGGAGGACCUUUACAAGGAAGUAUUCCACCCGAUCGAAGACACGUACAGCUGGACGAUAAUGCCACUGUUGCUGCGGCCCCGGUCCCGCGGUUGGGUACGCCUCAAAUCCAAAAAUCCUUUCCACUACCCACUCAUGAACCCGAACUACUUUGAGGAUCCGUUCGACGCUGCCACCCUCGUCGAGGGUGCGAAGAUAGCGUUACGCGUUGGGGACGCCAAGGUGUUCAAGCAGUUCGGUAAUCGACUGUACCGCAAACCGCUACCAAACUGCAAGCAACAUAAGUUUUUAUCGGACGAGUAUCUUGACUGCCAGGUGCGUACGAUAUCAAUGACCAUCUACCAUCCGGUGGGGACGGCCAAAAUGGGACCGCAUUGGGAUCCCGGCGCGGUGGUUGACCCACGGCUGCGCGUUUACGGCAUAUCUGGGCUGCGCGUGAUCGAUGCUAGCAUUAUGCCAACUAUCGUAAGUGGCAACACGAAUGCGGCUGUCAUCAUGAUCGGUGAGAAGGGAGCACACAUGAUCAAAGAAGACUGGCUAGGGCACGAUCGAUGAGAUUCGGCUUGAGCAGCUGUGUCAUCAGCAAACCAUCCUGUGCCAUUCCAAAGUCGGGAGCAUUCUUCUAGCCAGCCCAAUCGUACCCCAAUAAUGCUCCUUAGAAACUCUACUAGGCCAGAUAUCGUCCCACCCUCUUUCAUUCUUGCGUUGUCAAGUUAUUGCGCAGCAACAUAAAAAUACCUCCCGCGAGUAUGCGUUGAACCAAGAUCUUAGUCCGAUAGCUAUUACUGUAGUUAGGUAAACGUGUGUGCGUUCUUUUUUCAUCGUAUUGUAUAA